GUUUCUAGGGGGACGUAUUUUAGAGUAACACCGCGCGGCAAGGUUUAGCAAGCAGCACGAUGGUCGUCUGUGCAUUGAGGCGACAGCUCCUGAAGAGCAGCAGCCGCUGUGGACCCUGGACCAGGCUGCUGCAGAGACAGAGCAGUGGAUGUGUUUACUCCAGCAGCGAUGGCUUCAACCACCAGGAGAUCAGAGAGAAGCUGCAGGCUUUUCCUGGAGGCUCCAUUGAUCUGCUUAAACAGGACUCUGGCAUAGCUGUGCUGACCAUAAACAACCCCUCUCGCAUGAAUGCUUUCUCCGGCAGCAUGAUGGUGGAUCUAGAGGAGAAGGUAACCCAGCUGGAGAACUGGACAUACGGCAAAGGACUUAUUGUUUGUGGUGCUGCUGAAACUUUCUGCUCUGGAUCGGACCUCAACGCUGUUCGAGCAAUAUCCAACCCACAGGAUGGAAUGAAGAUGUGUAUGUUCAUGCAAAAUGCUCUUACGAGGCUGCUCAGGCUGCCUCUCAUCUCUGUUGCUCUGGUGGAGGGGAGAGCUUUGGGAGGAGGCGCAGAACUCACCACUGCCUGUGAUUUCAGAGUAAUGGCAUCAGGCAGUGUGGUCCAGUUUGUCCAUAAACACAUGGGUCUGGUCCCAGGCUGGGGUGGCGCCGCACGGCUUGUCCGCAUUGUCGGGAGUCAGAAUGCACUGAAGCUGCUGGGCGGUGCCGUAAAAGUGGACCCUGAACUUGGCCUGCACAUUGGACUGUCAGAUGGAGUCCUCGAUGCCCAGCAGGAAGGAGAAGGUGUGGGCACUCUCCGACAGCAGGCUGAAAACUGGCUUAGUCGAUACACAAAAGGACCUGCUCCGGUGAUCCAGGCUGUGAAGAAGGUAGUGUUGUCAGGAAGAGAGCUCCCUCUGUCAGAGGCCCUGAGGACUGAGAAGGAUGUGUUUGGGACAGUGUGGGGUGGUCCGGCUAACCUGCAGGCGCUGGCCAGCAAGCCCAAACACAAAUGACCUGGUAUAGAUGUCUCUUCAGUAUCCUAAGAGCCCCUCAGACGAUCAAAGACCAGGGGAGACAUUUUAAAUGCCCCAUCCUGGUCAAAAUUGCCUGUAAGAUGCCACACACGAGAACUAUUACAGUACAUGUGGGGAGAGACUGACUCUAGUUUUACCGUACUGACCUGACUUUGGUGGACUGAAACAUUUAUACUUUCAUCUGUUAAGCAAAGUGCUGUGUUCUAAAUGCAGUUAUGUCAAUGUUAUAGUUUCAGUGAAUUCAUUGAAGCUGCUUCAUUGCCUCGAAUACACUGAUAAUGUGAGAUCACUUAUUUUCAAAUAUGUAUUUUUUGUGUGAUGUUACACAUACUCUAGACAAGUAUGGGAGAAAAGAUGUAAAUACACAUAUUAACAAUGACACUAAUGUUCUUUUUGGGUUUUGUAUUGCAAACAAACUGCAGUAAAAUAGUUCACAAAAAUGACAUCAUCUGUGUUGCAGUGUGUAAACAGACACAGUAUGUGAGGACUUCUUUUAUCUCUUUAAUAAAAUAUCAGUAAAAGUGAA